GCUGGCCUGGGACCUGGAGGAGGAAGAGGGGGCAGGUGGAGCCGGGAGCUGUGGAGCUGGAGGGAGGAGGACAAGAGCCGCCAGGCCCUCAGCGGCUGUGACCCUCCCCAGCCUCCUUUCCCAGCCCGGGGUGGGGGCCGAUUGACUGUUUCCAGGUCCCGCCUCGGGUAGGGGGGCUGGAGAGCCCCCAGGUGGACCAUGGCGGUGAGAUUCCAGGCAGGGAAACUGAGUCCCAGAGGGAUGAAGUGGCUAGCUGGAGGUUGCACUUCGAGAUGCUUCCGCGCCCCCCAUCCCUGCCUCCAAAGACCAUCUCUGCUGGAGCCUCCUCUGCCCCAGGACCGGCCUCCUUUAAUCCCACAGAGCUGGGUUCAAAUCCCGAAUUUUCUGUCCACUAUGCUGUGUGUAACGUGGGGCCAGUGGCCGACAUGGAGGAGCUGACCAUCUGGGAACAGCACACGGCCACGCUGUCCAAGGACCCUCGCCGGGGCUUUGGCAUUGCGAUCUCUGGAGGCCGAGACCGGCCCGGUGGAUCCGUGGUUGUGUCUGACGUGGUACCUGGAGGGCCGGCGGAGGGCAAGCUACAGACAGGUGACCACAUCGUUAUGGUGAACGGGGUCUCCAUGGAGAAUGCCACCUCCACGUUUGUCAUUCAGACACUCAAGACCUGCGCCAAGAUGGCCAACAUUACAGUGAAACGUCCCCGGAGGAUCCAGCUGCCCACCACCACCAAGGCCAGCCCCUCCGGCCCAGGGCACCGGGACUCAGACGAGGACGAUGGGCCACACCGGGUGGAGGAGGUGGACCAGGGCCAGGGCUAUGAUGGUGACUCAUCCAGUGGCUCUGGCCGCUCCUGGGACGAGCGCUCCCGCCGGCAGAGGCCUGGUCGCCGGGGCCGGGCCAGCAGCCAUGGGCGUAGGAGCCCGGGUGGUGACUCUGAGGCCAACGGGCUGGCCCUGGUGUCUGGCUUUAAGCGGCUGCCGCGGCAGGACGUGCAGAUGAAGCCCGUGAAGUCGGUUCUGGUAAAGAGGAGAGACAGCGAAGAGUUCGGUGUCAAGCUGGGCAGUCAGAUCUUCAUCAAGCACAUUACAGAUUCGGGCCUGGCUGCCCGGCACCGUGGGCUGCAUGAAGGAGAUCUCAUUCUACAGAUCAAUGGGGUGUCCAGCCAGAACCUGUCACUGAGUGACACCCGGCGACUGAUCGAGAAGUCGGAAGGGAAGCUAAGCCUGCUGGUGCUGAGAGAUCGUGGGCAGUUCCUGGUGAACAUUCCGCCUGCCGUCAGUGACAGUGACAGCUCGCUGUUGGAGGACAUCUCGGACCUCACCUCGGAGCUAUCGCAGGCACCACCAUCCCACAUCCCGCCACCACCCCGGCAUGCUCAGCGGAGCCCCGAGGCCAGCCAGACCGACUCUCCCGUGGAGAGCCCCCGGCUUCGGCGGGAAAGUUCAGUCGAUUCCAGAACCAUCUCGGAACCAGAGUUGCCCAGGGAAAGCAGCUAUGACAUCUACAGGGUGCCCAGCAGCCAGAGCAUGGAGGAUCGCGGGUACAGCCCCGACACGCGGGUAGUCCGCUUCCUCAAGGGCAAGAGCAUCGGGCUGCGGCUGGCCGGGGGCAAUGACGUGGGCAUCUUCGUGUCCGGGGUGCAGGCGGGCAGCCCAGCCGACGGACAGGGCAUCCAGGAGGGAGAUCAGAUCCUGCAGGUGAACGACAUGCCGUUCCAGAACCUGACACGGGAGGAGGCGGUGCAGUUCCUGCUGGGGCUGCCACCGGGCGAGGAGAUGGAGCUGGUGACGCAGCGGAAGCAGGACAUUUUCUGGAAAAUGGUGCAGUCCCGCGUGGGCGACUCCUUCUACAUCCGCACGCACUUUGAGCUGGAGCCCAGCCCACCGUCCGGCCUGGGCUUCACCCGUGGGGACGUCUUCCACGUGCUGGAUACGCUGUACCCGGGCCCUGAGCAGAGCCACACGCGGGGAGGCCACUGGCUGGCGGUGCGCAUGGGUCGUGACCUGCGGGAGCAAGAGCGGGGCAUCAUUCCCAACCAGAGCAGGGCGGAGCAGCUGGCCAGCCUGGAAGCUGCCCAGAGGGCCGUGGGAAUCGGGCCUGGCUCCUCCGCGGGCUCCAAUGCUCGGGCCGAGUUCUGGCGGCUGCGGGGUCUUCGUCGAGGAGCCAAGAAGACCACUCAGCGGAGCCGCGAGGACCUCUCAGCUCUGACCCGACAGGGCCACUACCCGCCCUAUGAACGAGUGGUGCUUCGAGAAGCCAGUUUCAAGCGGCCGGUGGUGAUCCUGGGACCUGUGGCUGACAUUGCUAUGCAGAAGUUGACUGCUGAGAUGCCUGACCAGUUUGAAAUCGCAGAGACUGUGUCCAGGACGGACAGCCCCUCCAAGAUCAUCAAACUGGACACUGUGCGGCUGAUUGCAGAAAAAGACAAGCACGCGCUCCUGGAUGUGACCCCCUCCGCCAUCGAGCGCCUCAACUAUGUGCAGUACUACCCCAUUGUGGUCUUCUUCAUGCCCGAGAGCCGGCCGGCCCUCAAGGCGCUGCGCCAGUGGCUGGCGCCUGCCUCCCGCCGCAGCACCCGCCGCCUCUACGCACAAGCCCAGAAGCUGCGGAAACACAGCAGCCACCUCUUCACAGCCACCAUCCCUCUGAAUGGCAUGAGUGACACCUGGUACCAGGAGCUCAAGGCCAUCAUUCGAGAGCAGCAGACGCGGCCCAUCUGGACAGCGGAAGAUCAGCUGGAAGGCUCCUUGGAGGACAACCUAGACCUCCCCCACCGCGGCCUGGCCGACAGCUCCGCUGACCUCAGCUGCGACAGCCGUGUUAACAGCGACUACGAGACGGACGGCGAGGGCGGCGCGUACACGGACGGCGAGGGCUACACGGACGGCGAGGGGGGGCCCUACACAGAUGUGGAUGAUGAGCCCCUGGCUCCAGCCCUGGCCCGGUCCUCGGAGCCCGUGCAGGCAGAUGAGCCUCAGAGCCCAAGGGAUCGUGGGAGAAUCUCGGCUCAUCAGGGGGCCCAGGCGGACAGCAGCCAUCCCCAGGGUCAGUGGCGACAGGACAGUGUGCGAACCUAUGAACGGGAAGCCCUGAAGAAAAAGUUUACACGAGUCCGCAAUGCGGAGUCCUCCGAUGAAGAAGGCUACGACUGGGGUCCGGCCACUGACCUGUGACCUCUCCCAGGCUGCCAGCUGGUCCGUCCUCCCUCCCUGGGACUGGGACUCAGUUUCCCAUACAGAACCCACAACCCCACCUCCCUCCACCUGGUCUUUAAUAAACAGAGUAUUUUCACAGCA